GACAGCUCGAAGUUUGGAUCCCCAAAUGAAACCCCAAGUGAAGCUUCAAGCUCAGGUAAUUGUUUGGUUACGGUUAGACUUUGACUAUACAUUAGUUCGCAAUUUACGUUUCCGAGGAAAGAAAUAUUUUCGUCUUGGCAAAGGAGAGGCGGCUUAGGCGUUACAAACCUCUAGAAGCAUGCAUCCACAGAACAUUUUGCAAUCUAGGCUCUCUAAAAGGGCAUUUCUUUCAGUAUGCGGGGACAGUCUAUAGAAUUAUGAAGAUUAUACACUAAAAAUUACAAUAAAAUAGUAUAUCAUUCACUUCAUUCUCCAAGCUCAUAAAGAGAUCUUUGUGGUGAGACUUUGUUCAUCUGAUGAACCUUAAGUAUAAUAUUAGUGUGGACGUUCGAUAAUUUGGCAGUUACCAUUUCAGUUUCAUUCAAAUUAUUCUCAUUCAAAAUGUUUUGUUUAAUAGUGUCAAAACGAAUUUUCUUUUCAUUGCCUCAUUUCCUUGUUAAUUACAAAACAACUUACCACGGCGAAUUUUAUCACUACACAUUUUACAUUUUAUCACUGCACAUUUUACUUUUAUCACUGCACAAAUUGGUUAUCACUGCACAAAUUGGUUAUCACUGCAUAUUAAAAUUAGAUAAGUUUUAUAUUCUCGUGGUGAAAAUAAUAUUUUACUCAUUCGCUUUGCGCUACUCAAAAUAGAAUGUGUAUCUUAAUUCGCGCAGCCUUGUAUCCCCUAGUAUGUAUAAUUGUUUCAUUCGUUUUUUCAAGUGCCUGAUGCAGCUAUGGUAGAAGACAGCUCGAACUUUAGAUGGCUAAAAUCAAUUUUGGCUUGGUUUAGUAUAUCUUGGAUCCUAUCUUUAUUGGGUUUCUCAAGUGAAGCUUCAAGCUCAGGUAAUUUUUUGGUUACGGUUAGCCACAUUAAUUUGCAAUUUACGUUUCCAAUUUUAGAAGACCAUAUAUUUCUGUGCAUACUUUGUAAGUACCGUGUGUCUUUUUAUCAGAAUUUUGUGCAGCAUUUUUAUUGAAUAUAAUUCAUAAAAGCUGGUAGUGCCUAAGCUUUAGUUUUGAACGUGGAAAACAAAUGUUCUUUUGUACGGGACUUUAAGCUGUUGCGUUAUUUCUAUGGCUUUUUAAAGGCGUAUCAAGGGAACCGAGGAGUUGGCCUGUUCUUGAUUGCAGUCCAUAGGAAUUUUCAGUUAUAAGCAUUGUAGAAAAUUUUCUCCUCAUGUACAGUAUCUAGGUUUUUUAGGCAUGUUUUUUUUGUAAUAUGCAUGUAAUCUUAAAUUACUCGCAGGUACUCAUUCGACAGGAGACUCAUAUCCCAAAGGAUCUAUGCCCGGUAUGAAUCAGUUAGUAUAAUAAUAAUAUACAUAAUUAUAUUACUUGACUGUGAUUGGUUGAUUUCAGUGCAGUUAAUCCCAAACAGCAGUGAAAUUUUCUGUAAUCACAAUGCAAUGUUCUGUAAUCACAGUGCAAUUUUUUGUAAUCACAGUGCAAUUUUUUGUAAUCACAGUGCGAAAAUCUGUAACAAACUGAUCUGAUUGGUGGAAAAACAUGGUGAUGAUUAAAUCAACCAAUCAGUUUAAAGCAAUUUAGUUUAAAGAAGUAACGGUCACAGAUUGCUUCAAAACAAAACAAACAUGGCGCCGCACUACACAAAGUAAAAGUUGCCUUUUAUCUUUAUUUUUAAAUGGAAAAGCAAUUACCUUAAACAAGACUAACAAAAAUUUUCCAGUGAAAUGUUCGCUAUAAACGCGUAAGUUAAAACUACAAUUGUCUGGAACAUUUUUAUGUAAAUUAUUAAUAAGUAAUAGCAUGGUUUCGUGUGAAAUUUGGAUAAACAUACACUCGUGAGUUUUUCAAAGACCUCAAAUAGCACUCGUCCUUCGGACUCGUGCUAUUUUGAGAUCUUUGAAAAACUCACUCGUGCAUGUUAUAUCCAAAUUGCACUCGAAAACAUGCUAUUACCUAUACCAUAGUCUCUCAAGGGGAUGGUCUGGAGACUUCCUAAACUUCAAAAGAUGCCGCGCAAUAUGUUGCGCCAAGCAAAUUUAGGGUGUCACGUGGUACUACACCGUGCACAAAAAUAAAGAUGGCUGAAUGUAAAGAGCCAUACGAGAAUGAGAUCGACGCGGUUUUAGAGCCGUUGCACUCUGAUGCUUUAGACAAGGAGGAAGAACUACAACACGCUUUCGAAGAAGCGAUCGAAGAAGUAAGUUGACAUCGUCUUGACUGAAAUGUCGAACAUACUUAGUCAAUAUUUUGUGCAACAUAUUUCUGCACUCUUGCGGCCUUGCCAGGUUCAAAUGGGAUAUAUUUAUAUUUAGAUGCUUUUUCUAUGUAUUUUCAGAUGACGGAUGGCGAAUUUUGUUGCAAUUUUUGUGGGAAAAAGUGCAAAAGUAAAGCUGGUUUGACGAGGCAUAAAAAUGCAAAGCAUGAAAGACAAAGGAAAUACUGAGUUCUGACAGUAUUAAUAUUAACGCCGACAACAAUGACAAUAUAUUCAACAUUGAUGAUUAUUUUAACCUGGUAAAUCAAAGUUGCAAGAGUUUAGAGAAAAAUAGUUGCUAUGCAGAAAGUGUUAGGAAAUGUUUCAAGGUUUAUGUUUUUAAUAUUAUCAGAACAUAAAUCUACUGUAAAUAUGUUGAAUGAGAAGGAAAAAGCAGCAUUGAAAUACCUCGGUGGAUAUGUUCUAUGUACUCUACACUAACAUAUUUGAAAGUCUAAAGAUUGGAUGACAAAUUCCAAGCAGCAAGUACUGGCUGUACUCCAAGCUGGAAAACAAAGCAACAGUUGUGAAACAGCACAGAGAGGGGCUCUGGAAAAUAAACCGAACUGACAACUGUAUAACAAAUUUUUACUAUAGCAGGAAUUAACUUUAAAAUUGUCAUAACUGAGUCUGAGGAACCCAUCACAAAGAUAUCAAAAACAGACAUUGUUGAUAAUCUGGAAAAAGGUCCUAAGGUAGACAGUCUUUUCCAGGAGUGGGUAAGGACUGCUGAUUUUAGAAGUAUCUAAAGAUGUGUCCAAAGACAUUUUACACUAAUAUUACUCUAUAUCAAAGUGAGAUCAUACAGUUUUGCAAAGGAUGUGAUAAAUAAGUGUAAAGCCAAACAGAAGAGUUCAAAGGCAUUAAGAAAAGAAAUAAAAAAUAUUUCAGAUGAACCUUCAAUUAAUGAAAACAUGUAAUGCACUUGUCAAUUGUAACCCCCCAAACCUCGGGAAAUGGUGGGGGUAUAUAUUUUAAUAUAUCCAUACUUAACUGUUGCCUGACCCCCUGAGGCAGGCUGACCUGACUAAUCUUGUCAAGUCGGAAGUCCCCCAACCCACAAGGGCAAGAUUUUUUUAAAAAAAUAGAAAAUUUUAUUGAACAAAGAACAUUUUUGUAGUAAACUAUUUUGUCACCAUAGAGAAACAAUAGCACUAAUCUGGCUUCUAAUAUUUAGGUCCCAGGCACAGACUCAACAAGACAAUCCUAGCCUGCGAGCAGGCUGUAUACGAUGGCCCCACAUACCAGGGUCGGGAUCAUAGAUAUAGGAGAUCUAGAUUGCUAACGCAUACCUAGCGCAGGUGGGGCCUACAUGAUAAAUCCAAGAUGGCGGUACAACAGGGCAAAAAGACUAUAGAUUCUAUUACGAAAAUCACGAUUUUUGCAUUUUUUGCCGUCGCAUUGUUUCGAAACUUAUUCGGUCAAAUUUUAUGGUAAAGAGAAACUUACCGCGGAGAUUUUGAGCAUAUAUAUGAUUGAACUGGAUGAAAAAUCGCAAAAUUAUCCAGCGAUAAAAGUUCGUGUGAAAUGGUCAGUUGGUCAGUUGGAGCGUUUUAUUGCCAGAAAUACUGUGCUAUGUUAACAUCUAGCCUUGUGAAUGGUGUUUUAUACUUGCAUCUCUCAUCAUCAUCUGCUCUGUCUUCAUAAUUAUGAAAAAUGAACUGUUAUGUACCCCUCCCCCCCUCCUGGCUUGUUAGAGAAGUAAACUGAUGAGAGCACUGCUGAUGAGGGUCUAUCAUCUAUGGUCUGUUAUAAUUUUCUUUUUAUGCAAAUAGUGAGCAAAAAUUAAAGCAAAACUGUACAAGUUACAUAUAUAGUACUGUAUCAGUACUAUACACGAACUUUUAUCGAUGGAUAAUUUUGCGAGUUUUCAUCCAAUUCAAUCAUAUAUAUGCUCAAAAUCUUCGCGGUAAGUUUCUCUUUACCAUAAAAUUUGACCGAAUAAGUUUCAAACCAAUGCGACAGCAAAAAAUGCAAAAAUCCUGAUUUUCGUAAUAGAAUCUAUAGUCUUUUUGCCCUGUUGUACCGCCAUCGUGGAUUUAUCAUGUAGGCCCCACCUGCGCUAGGUAUGCGUUAGCAAUCUAGAUCUCCUAUAUCUAUGAUCGGGAUCCAUAACAGGAAAAUCCCCCAUUGUGUCAGGCAUAACUAAGUUUUAAAAGAGGAAAAACACCCCACAUGUCCCCACCUUUCCUCUUGGGUCAGGAUUACAAUUGAAAAGUGCAUAAGAUUGUCAAAUUAAACAUACCGGUACAUGUAAUUAUGAACUGUACUGUUCUGUAUUUAAAUUUGACAACAACAACAACAACCAGUAAUAUAUGUUACAAAAAUCAAGUUAAGAAUAUUGUAAAACAUAACUAUCAAGCAGAACUGUAGAAGUAUUAUAGAUAACUUUUUUUAGUAAAAGCAGUUAUACUAUACCCCAGAAGACAAACACUACAGUAAAAUCCUGCACAUAUGAACGAAGCAGAUUAAAGAAUUUACAGCCUGAAAUUUGUAAUUUACUCUUAGAAACCCAUUUUUAUCAGUAAAAUUGAAAUUUGGAAAAGGUUGUAAUAAUAGUUAUGUAAGUGUACUUGCACCUGAUUUUUACAUGCAGGAUUUUACUGCCCUAGGCCUAAUUGGUAACCUUUUUCGUGUACGCCUGAGUAGUGGUUCAUAUGAAUGUCAUAAGUUGGAAUCAUAUAUGGGACAUCUACUUUCCAUAUUCGAACAACAUAUUCCGUACAGGUUACUCCAGUCAUUUAAUGCAAUUUUUUACCCGCAAGUUCCUCAAGAUUAUUAUAACAAGUUGUUGUGGAAGCUGAUAAUCUGUCCUGUACAAGACAUACAAUGGUCGAUGCUCGUUCCUUUCUUUCUGGCUUCGUAAUAAAGGAGUCGGAUGACUUGGUUGGUAAUUUUAGGUAGGCAAUGCUCCAUGGGCAAGCUGCUUCUUGGUCAGCUUUGGGCCAUGAUCUGAAAAUGAAAUGUUACAAUAAAAAAUAAAUUUCUCUUCAAAAUGUGUUACUGUUUGUUUACAGAUCGACAGAUCUAUUGCAGAUCGACAGAUCUACAAAUUAAAUCUCACGAAGUCGCGAUCAGAGAAAUAGCAUUACCUGUAAACACCGACAUGCUUUAUAUAUUGCAUGAGAUGCCUAAAUGGGAAUACGAUACACCAAAAUAUAUACGCCACAGGUUUUAAUAAAAUUGCUCCUAUAAUGUAUCAUAUUUAUACUUCUAAUUGACUUACAAGUAAUGAUCUCUUCAGGAAGAAAGUCUUCUGCAAACAUGUGUGAAUCAACAGCCAACUGCCUUUUAAAAUCUUUGUCUUCAAACUCGAUAUUUGGUAACGAUGUUCAGAAAAUCCAUUAGUGAAAAUCCUGCCGCCAUUUCUUGCUCAAGUUGUCCUUCGCCGUUGGAAGCUUGAAUAGCUCGAUUUCUUUUGUUCGUCGGUUUGUCCCGCAUUGAUUUAAUGCACAAUUGCCACCCGGCAUCAAUAAUAAUUAAAAUUUUCCUCACUUUAAUUGCAAAUUUGUGUGUAGUUUGUAUCAGGCCUCAGUUUGUAUAUUGAAAUAUGCUAUUAAAAUGCUUGAAAACGCAUGCGGAUGUGCACGGUGAUGAUGACGUCACGGCAUAAAUUCUCGACAAAAGGAUAUGCCGACAGAUUCCGAAGUCUCCAGACCAUCCCCUUGUGAGACUAUGCCUAUACUAAUCAUCACUAUUAUUACCUCCGCUUGGAAGUUAUGUUUUUAUCUGCGUGUGUACAUAGUCUGUCAAGAUAUGAUGGUCUGAAAACCCGGCAAACUACCAAGCCACAAAAUAGAGGAUCUUUUUUGAUGUUGAACUAUACCUCACCGUGCACAAAUCCUUUGUCUCAACGUCAUUGAAUACUAUUCAUCGCGGUUGCAUGUUUAAUCUCAGCUAUCCCUAUUGGAUGAUUACUUCAUUUAUAUACGAAAACACAAUGAACGUACUCAAUCACCGUGACCGUGCACAAAUUAACAUACACCCAGACAAAAAUAUAAUACAAUUCUGUUGGGACCCCACGGCAAAUUGCCCCCUCACCCCUCUUACUUUGGGCGGCCUUGACAGCAGCUGCAGUACGACUAUCACAGCAUAGUUUCAUAAUAACAGGAACAAAAUAUUUUCGUCUUGCUUGCAGGAAAGAAGUAUUUUCGUCUUGGCAAAUGACAUGUAUAAAAAGUAACCUGAAAAUGUGUAGUCAAGUGCGAGGUUUUUACCGUUCCCGUGGGGUUCAGAAAUUCAUUGCCAAGAAUCUCCGACUUAAUUUCCAAAUUGCGCUGAUAUUAAUUUGUGUCUGCAUUCAUACUUAUUUCCAACCAAACUUAACUCAAAGUCAUCGGACACCCAUCAUACAUCACAAUACAUAUGUUUGACUCAAAGUCAUUGAACAUUUGACUGACAGUUCUCUGACAUACAUACAUACCCACAUGCACAUGAUACAUACAUACAUAAACUUUAUCUCAGUGUCAAGAAUACAUAGGCCGACAUAAGUGUACUAAUUGGGUACGCUAUUUAGCUAUUUACAAAUAUUUACCGAUCGGUAAUACGUGAAACUUAAGCCUGGUUCACACGAUGAAAUAAGCAUAAGCACAAGCAGCGGAACCUUUGAUGUGCAUAAACGUAAGCAUAAGAAGAACGCAACAUUUGUUCUUCUUAUGUUUAUGCUUAUGAACAUCAAAUGUUCCGCUUGGUUAUGCUUAUGCUUAUUUCAUCGUGUGAACCAGGUUUUAAGUAGCAGCAGAUUAAAUUUUUUGAAAUUUUUAAUUUUUAAUUUUUUCAUUUUGAACAAUAUAUAUAUAUAUAUAUAUAUAUAUAUAUAUAUAUAUAUAUAUAUAUAUAUAUAUAUAUAUAUAUAUAUAUAUAUAUAUAUAUAUAUAUAUAUUAUAAUAAUUCAGUUUCUUUUGAACGUAUAUGUAGUGAAGAGUGCUCAAUAUUACAAAAUAGAGCGAUUUAUUAAUACUUAAAAUGUUAAACUCGGAGUAGCAACAAAAACAUUUUAAGUAUAUAUAUAUAUAUAUAUAUAUAUAUAUAUAUAUAUAUAUAUAUAUAUAUAUAUAUAUAUAUAUAUAUAUAUAUAUAUAUAUUUAAUUAAGCUAAAUUGUUAAUAAGAAGAAAUGGUUUACUAAUACAAUAUAAAUAAGUCUAUUCAAGGCGUACAGUAGGAGAGCUCUGGAUAUAUUUCAGUAAUUGUUUCACUUCCCUCAUGAAUACGUUUAAGUCAGCACAUGAUCGUACUUCUGGGGGAAGAUCAUUGAAUAAGUUCGCUGUUGUCUCCUGAAAAGUUCGUUUUAUUAAUGGAAUCGACAAUCGUGGUGCUGUAUUAGAGCGUAGCGUUCUUCCAACGUUAUAUACUUCCAGGGUUCAAUACUCAAGCCAAGGGACCUUGUUGUAGAUUACUCGGUGAGUAUGCUUGAGGAGGUUUAAUUGAGUUCUCUCCAAGGUUGGAAGCCAUCCAAGCUGUAAGACAACUUUUCCAGAACAAUGACGAUUGGUGACGAAGCUGGCAGCAGCGUUUUGCACACGUUGCAUUUUCUUUUGUAGGUAUGCGGGAAGAGGAUAGCAAACGACAUCAUUAAAGUUUAGCUUAGAAAGUACAAGACUUUCUGCUAAUAGCUUUUUAGUAUUUUGAGGGUGCAUGUCAUAUUCCGAAUUUUGCGCAAAGUUGAAAGUACUCCGUAACAAGACGAGACAAGUUCCUUUACAAGAUGUGACCAUUUGAGAUCCUCACUAAGCCACGUACCAAGUAACUUAAAAUUUUCAACCGUCUCAAGGGAUUGAUGCUUUAUAGUAAGAGGUGGCGUGAUGUCUCCGAGAUUAUGAGUUCUUCACAUCUGUCGAGUGCUUAUGAGCAUCUGCUUAGUCUUAUUGUCAUUCAACAAGAGAUUGGAUUCUGUGGCCCAGGUUACGAGAGUUUGUAUGUUGUCAUUCAUUUCUUGCACACAUUAACUGAAGUUAUUAGGAGUACAACUACGGUACACUGUUAUAUCAUCGGCGUAUUGGAAGCACCUGCAGGUAAAAUUAUUUUGAAGAUCGUUGACGUAUAUGUUGAAAAGCAUGGGACCCAAUAUCGAUCCCUGCGGAACACCAAGCAACACGUCUGCUAGUUCAGAUUGGCUGGCAUUUAAUUGAUCAAGUUGUUUCCGACCAGUAAGGUAGUUAAGAAUCCAAUUUAACGAUAAAUGUAAAAAGCCAAUGACAUGAAGUUUCUUUAUUAUUACCGCAAAGUCCACUGUAGCGGACGCCUUUGAGAAGUCGGCGAAUGCAAUAAGAGUAAUUUAUCCUUUUUUCAUAGCCUUUAAUAUAUCGUCUCUUACUUGUGUAAAGGUACGUUUACACUCUGCGAUUUGUCGGGCCGAUUUUGCUCGCUGUAUGUAAAUAAACUGUCGUGAGUCCUCGCGUCAGCACCUUGCGAUUCACAAAAUCGGGAGAAAAAUCUGUAAAAAAUCACAGAUUUUUCUCACGAUUCAACGAUUUUUCUUCCGUUGUAAAGUUGUUGAAAACUUUUCGCACGCAGAAAACUAUAAUAUAAACAGACGAGAGAACGGACAGCUUCAAUUGAACGUUUAAAUCGCUAAAUGUCGAAGAAGGGGCAUCGAUUAUUUACCAAAAUCGGCCCGACAAAUCGCAGCGUGUAAACGUAGCUUAAGGACAGAUGAGGUGGCAUGGCCUUUACGAAAGGCAGUAACAUUCUCGUUUAAUACAUGAUGCUGGUCAAUGUAUUUUUCAAUUUGAUUUAGGAUGAGGGUUCAUAGACUUUGGAAAGAACCGGGAAAAUAGCAAUUGGUCUAUAAUGGUCUAACUCAGUCGGAGGGGCUACUUUGGGUAUAGGUGACACUGACACACGUGCAGUCUUUCAAACAUCUGGAAAGCUGUGAUUUGCAAUAAACCCGUUGAUGAUAUAGGUUAAUGGUGAGGCAAUGUAGUCAGCUGCCAUCUUAAGGUAUUUUAAGACCCUGUCACACUAUUGCGUAUCGUACUAGCGUAUGCCAGCGUAUGAAAAAUAUCACUCAUACGCCGGUAUACGUUGACAUACGCUAGGGGUACGUUAGGCAUAGGUUGUAUACGUUUCAAGCACGGUCGCAUACGCUGGCAUACGGCGAGGCAGAAAAUUUUUUUAAAGCAUGUUCAAACAUUUUGUGCGUAUCGAACGUAUAUGCUUUAUACUAUAAGCAUACUCUAGGCACACGCUGAAUACGCUAGAGGUACGCCAGAUGUACGGUACUCAUACGCUGGCAUUUCAAAAGACUUUUGUGCGUAUGAAAAUUAUUUUAUUAAUUUUGAUACGCUUCUCAUACGUUUCUCUCAUACGCAAUAGUGUGACAGGGCCUCUACCGGAAUCUGGUCUGUUCCUGUCGAGCAGUCAGAUCUUAUUGUUCUUAACUGAUUCAAUACUUCACUAUGGGCAACAGGACGAAUAUUAAACGAGUUGGACGUACAACAGACUGGUAAUGAGUUUACUAGUUCUUACAAGGCACUUAGGGAAGUCGGCACUGACCCGAGUAGACGUUGCGAGGUAUAGCUGAAGUGGUUGUUCAAUUGGUCGGGAUCCCCAUUUAUAGGUUUGGGAUUGGGAUAAAGUAUUACUUUCCAAAGUUCUUUCGGUAAUGCUUUCUGAUAGAAAGCUCUCUUGACCUUCUUAAUCUUUGUCUGUAUAGUGUUUCUUACUUCGCGGAAUUUAUUCCAGACUUGACUCAGGUUUGUUUUGUGAGCCAAAUAUCUGAGCUCGUUUCGUUCUUUUUGAAUUUGUUUCACAUCACUGUGAUUUAACCAGGGUGCAGGAGUUUGCGUUAUUUUAGAUCUGCGUAGUGGUGCAUGUCUGUCGAGGCAAUCUUUAUUAAUGAGCUAAAAUAUCUAGUUGCUGAUCUGGAUCGUCGAUACUGUAAACGAUAUUGAAUGGCAGUGUUGCAAUAUCGUCUAUAAAAGCUUUUUCAUAAACUGUUUCUCAUCACGUAGUAAUUUAAAUCGUGGCUGGAAUCUGCAAGCUGUUAUAUUAAUGCAAACGUAAGGCGCAUCGUGGUCGCUGACUGUACGACAUGGUAAUACGUUACAAUAGGUGACACGGUUUGGGGUAUUACUAAUUAUGUGGUCAAUAAGUGAGAUUUUUUUACAUCUCUUUGGUAAAUGGCUGUUUUCCAACAGUAUGGAAACUAGCAAAUGUUGUUCCCAUUUUUAAAAAAAAAUAAUCGUCAAUUGAAAAGUAAUUAUCGUCCUGUGUCUUUACUAACAUCGUUGUCCAAAAUGGUUGAGAAAAUAGUAUUUAAAUGUCUUUAUAAUUUUUUACUAGAAAUAAAUUUUUUCACUCUCUUGCAGUCAGGGUUUCGUCCCAGGGAUUCCACUGUGAAUCAACUCAUACAAUACAAUACAAUUUUUACAAUACAAUACAAUUUUAUUCAAUAAAAUAAAAUACAUAAGAUAGAAAUAACAUGACCCGCAAAUAGCAAUAGCUAAUCAGAGGCGGGCAUGAAAUAUAAAUUUAGACAGUUAUAAUUUCAAUUAGUUGCAGACAAUUUUACUGUAUAUAUACGUGCAGAAAAAAUUUAAAAAAAAAAAAAAUUAAAGAAAUGUAUCAUUAGCGGUGGAAUUUGAAAGGUGGUGUAGGAUCUGAUUGAUGAAUGAUGUACUGUUAAUAACGUACCCAUGAAAUAUUAAAAAUAAGAUCAAACAGACAUUCUCUGCAAAAUCAUAGGGAGAUCAACAUAGUCAUCUUCGUUAUUCAUAAUUUCGAUUAGUAAAGUGUGAAUCUUACUAGUGAAAUCUUUUUUUUUAAGAUCGCGGAGAUGUUCAGGGACAGAAUUCCAUACUUUAGCACCAACUCUAGAGAAAGCAUUAUGCUGUUGAUUUGUACGAGAAUAUUUUAUCUGAUAAUUACCAGCAGUAGAGGAUUUGGUAUUAUAGGAAUGAACAGUAGCAACUUGAGUAAAGAGAUCCAUUACAUUUCUAGGUGCUGAAUUAUGACUAAUGUCGUACAUUAAUUUUGAAACUGUUUCAACAUAUAACAUGUUAAUAGGCAAGUUAUUUGUAUUUUUGAAGAAAGGAACGGCAUGAUCGCGAUUAUUAGCGAAAUGCAUUAACCGUAGAGCACGCUUUUGAAGUACCAAGAGUUUUUUUAAAUUAGUUUGAGAAGCAUUUCCCCAAACAGUAAUAGCGUAGGAUAGAUAGGGGGAAAUAAGUGAUCGAUAGAUACUUGUAAGUACCUGAAGAGGAACAAAAUGUCGGAGUUUCGCGAUGAUUCCGAUUGUUUUGCUUACUUUGCAUGCUACAUAAUCUAUAUGUUGUUUCCAAGUUAAAUGUUCAUCUAGUAAAAGUCCCAAAUAUUUAAUGUAUUCCUUGCGUUCAAGAGAAAUAUAUUUCUUGUCCUUCCAGUCAAAUAUUCUUAUAUUUACUUGGUACUUUAGAUUUCUUUGAUAAGGAUGAAAAAUAAUAAAGUUUGAUUUUUUAGUAUUCAUUGUUAAUUUAUUUGCAUUUAACCAUCUGUAAACUUUUUCUAGUUCUGUGUUAACAAUGCUUUCAAGGGUUUUAGGAUUCUUGUUUGAAUAUAAUAAGUUGGAAUCAUCAGCAAACAAAUGGAAACUAAAUUUGUCAGAAGAGUAAUGAAUAUCGUUUAUAUAAAUAAGAAAAAGUAGUGGACCAAGUACUGAUCCUUGUGGUACACCACAAAUUGUUCUUUCCUUGUUCGAAAUAUUGUUAUCAAUUUCCGUAGUUUGAAUUCGAUUUGUUAAAUAUGAUGAAAACCAAUCAUAGAUUAUACCUCUGAAUCCAUAACAUUGAAGUUUACGUAAUAAAAUUGUAUGAUCUACAGUAUCAAACGCUUUUUGUAGAUCAAUAAAAAUACCACACGUAAAUUUUUUAUUGUCUAUAUUUUCCUGUAUCCUAUUAACUAUAUCAAGAAUUGCAUGUUGCGUUGAAUGUUGCCGUCUAAAACCAUAUUGUGAGUGAUAUAGAAUAUUUUUGUCUUGGAUGAAACUCAUAAAGCAUUUGUACAUAACUUUUUCAAAAAUUCUAUUUAAGUUUGAUAAAAGUGAUAUAGGCCUAUAAUUGCCUUUUUCCGUUUCAUCACCGGAUUUGAAAAUAGGAAUUACUUUGGCAUGUUUUAAAAUAGAAGGAUAAACUCCAUUUUCAAUUGAUAUGUUUAAAAUAUCAGAAAAAGGUUUACUUAUCACGUUACUUGAACAUUUUAAAAUUUUUGUAGGACACGAGUAUAAACCAUAGGCUUUCUUGUUUUGUAUAGACAGUAUUUCGGACUCUAUUUCUGACGGCGUAAUUGGUGUGCAGAAGAAAGACUGUUGAAUUUGAAUAUUUUUCAUGUAAUCAGAAAAAUGACUUUCGGAUUGUGUCGUAUCUGUUCCUAACUUAUGGCCUAUCGACGCGAAAUAUUUGUUUAACAAAUUUGGGAGUACUGAUGGAUCUCGAAUAAUUUGACCAGUUUCAGUAUCUUUUAAACCAGAUAUUUUACAAGAUUUUCUUUUUUUCCUGUUAAUUAAAUCAUUAAUACCAUCCCAAGUGUUUUUCAUAUUAUUUAGAUUAAUUUCGAAAUAUUCAUAAUAAUAUUUCUUUUUACUUACUCGAAUAAGAGUUGAUAUUCUAUUGCGAUAAUACUUAUAUUUCUCAUACUCUCCUUGAGUGAGUAAUCUAUUUUUUUCUUUGAUUGAUCUUUUUAUCCCUGUGGUAAUCCAUGGUUUCGAAAAGUUCUUCAUAUCACGUUUCGUAACAUUUUUACGAGGUACGUGUUUGUUUACUAAUUUAUUUAAUUUGUUGUAAAAUGAUGAAAACAAUUUAUCAACAUUUCUACGGUGCUUUUCAAUAACUAUGUUCCAUCUGAUUUGCCUCACCUCAUUUAUGAAUUUAUUUUCUGAAAAUCGCGAAAAAUCCCGCAUUUUCCGGUUUCCCGGCAAUUUUGGUUCAUACUUAUGGUACAUACAAUUUAUGAGGCUUUAGAGCGUGGAAAGGAAGUGCAUAUGGUGUUCUUGGACAUAAGUAAAGCUUUUGACAAAGUGUGGCAUAAAGGUCUCCUUUUUAAGUUGAAACGUUUAGGUAUUAGAGGUCAUUACUAUCUUGGAUUAAAAGCUAUUUGACAAACAGAAAACAACGAAUAGUUAUUGAUGAAAACAUGUCUGAUUGGAAAGACGUUGAAGCAGGAGUGCCACAGGGAUCAGUACUUGGGCCACUGCUAUUUCUAGUUUAUAUAAAUGAUAUCACUGAUAAUAUUCAAAGUACUUGUUUUCUUUAUGCGGACGAUACUUCUUUGUUAGAAAUUGUCGAAGAUCCUCAAUUAACUUCAGCCAAACUUAAUAGUGACUUAACAAAUAUUAGUAAAUGGCACGUGAUUGGCUCGUCAGUAUUAAUCCUAGUAAAACUGAAGCAGUGAUUUUCUCCACCAAGAAAUAUAAACCAGUACAUCCAGCUUUAUAUUAUGAAAAUAAUGAAAUUAAUAUUGUCAAUAGUGAUAAUCAUCUUGGUGUCACUCCUUCUUCUAACAUGUCCUGAAGAACACAUGUUUUAAAAACAUUUAUGAUAAAGCUUCAAAACGAUUAAAUUUAUUGAAAGGUUUGAAAUUCAAAAUUAAUAUAAAUUCUUUGGAAAAGCUUUACAAAUCUUUAAUUAGACCUCUUAUGGAAUAUGCAGAUGUUGUUUGGGAUGGUUGUUGUGAAAAUGUUAGUGACUUGCUUGAAUCUGUACAAUAUGAAUUUGCUAGAGUGGUCACUAGUGCGAUGAAGGUUACUGGGCACCAAAGACUGCUCGAGGAGUUAGUAUGGGAAAGUUUGAAGACAAGACGUUCAGUUCACAAAUUAUUUUGUUCUUUAAGAUAGUUAAUAAUUAUCUGAUUUGCUUACUCCUACGACACAACAAAGAUCAGGGUUGUUGCUAAGAUCUGCCUGUAACUUUAGCUUAAUCCAAUGUCGUACGGAAAGAUUUAAAAAAAAUUUUUUCCUGCCACUACAGGCUUAUGGAACAGUUUAGACUAUAAAUUCAGGGAUACUCAAUCGUUAAGAUAUUUUAAAAGCUAUUUGCAGGAUUUCUUUGACAUUUCAACUUAAGAGAAACGCUAUGAUUAUGCACUAGAUAGAUAUAAUUCUAUUCUUCAUGCUCGACUUCGCUUGAAUUGUUGUGCUUUAAACUACUCAAAAUUAAUUGUGUGAUAUCUCCAGCGUGUAAUUGUGGGUUUAAUUGUGAAUCUGUAAUUCAUUAUGUUUAUAUUGUCCCCGAUAUGCUGCUCUUAGGACUUUCUUGUUAGCGGCCAUGGUUGAAAUCUUGGAAAACGAGUAGUAUCACAUGUCCGAUUCUUCUAAAACGAAAAUGUUUUUGUUUGGAUCUGAGAAUCUGACUUUGAAUCAAAACAAUGCUAUUUUUUCCAUGUACAAACGUAUAUCAAAAGAUCGGAGCGUUUUGCAGUUUGUAACGACUGAUCCAACCGCUUCUCAGGAUGUCUAUUCUAUUAUUUGUACCACCUUUUAAUAUAAUGUAUUUAAAUGUAAAUUGGCGUGAGCCUCCUAGAUUAGCUUAUAUAUAGCUCUUGGGGCAAACGCAUAAAUAUGUUUAAAUAAUAAAAAAAAGAAGUACAGUAGGAGCAGUACGAGUAGGACAUUGCACGUGUUGAUAACGAUUCAGCGAUUCCAGUAAAUCAGUAUAUUUCUUAACUUGGGGUAAUUCAGGUUUCAACAGGUCGAUAUUCGUGUCGCCAGUGACGGCAAGUAGACCAUCCCAGAGGACAUUUAGCUAGCUUAGUACAUUUUCGGUCUUGUCCAUCCAAGCUUGGGAGUCCUGUAAACGCUCCGAUCGAUACAAUACUCCGAGCAACGUCUUACUGUGUUUAUUUUUACCAGGUAUUUCCAGCCAUAUGUGUUCUAGUUCAGGUUCGAUGUCUUCAAUAUCUGCACGCCUCUUGUAGUUAAUAGUAUCCCUCAAAUACACACCAACACCUCCCCCACGAAUUUUAUCUCGGUUGCGAGAGGCGCUAGAGUAGCCAAGGAUAUUAACAUAUUCUAAUAAGUGAGGAUUGUUCUUUAGGCAUGUUUCACUCAUUGCUAUUAUAUCAAAUGGAUAUUUAGAAAUGGUAACGAGUAGCUCAUCAAAGUUGGUUAGCCCUACUAGUGAGGACAUUGAGAUGUUCGUCGGGCCCGUCGUUAAGAAGAUCGUCACUGGUUUCUUGUCGAAAAGAAGCGUCUAAAUUAGGUUGGCCAUGGAAGGGUAGCAGUGAUAUUAUACAUCUAUCACAUGUCUGCUCAACGGGCUUGUCGGAUGGAGUAUGCUGUAGGAUAACUGCCUCGAUACACCGUGCAUGAUACAAGUUUUUGCAAGUAUUGCAAACUACACGUUUUUGAUUGCGUCGAACAGUUUUCUCACAUGUUGGACAUUUAACCGCAGAAACACGCCGAUAACAUUGGUUGUUACUUGAUGUUGGUUCAGUUGUAGAAGGUCCUGGGUUUGUUUGAAUAUCUCCACAGGUAAUAAUCAGCAACUGGAACGUUGCCACACAAUUGGAAUAAUAUUGAAUGCGAGAUUUUAGACGCUUGCGAUUUAGCCUUUUGUCCUUUGCAACACGUUUCUGUAAUAUGCAAAUAAUUACCGCAAUGCAAAUAUUUAUUAUUACCGUCUGCGUCACAUUGCCAAGCGUUGUGGCAAGCGGAGUUUUUUCUUUGGAUCUCAGUGAUCAUUCCUUCAUAUUUUGCGUAAUUAAAGCUGGUGUUGCUAAAUGCGGUGGAAAUUUCCGAGAUAUUAACUAUCGUUGCUACAAACAUUAUAAUCCAAACAAUUUUAAACACGAUCUCGAGAAUGUUGGCUGGUCAUUUAUGGAUUUCGUGUCUGAUCUUAAUGAUACUGCAAUAAAUUUUCAGAAAUCGUAGACAAACACGCUUCCAUUAAAACCAGGCGAGUAAAUCCCCUUGGAUCACACCGUAAUGAACUGAGUUAAUACGUGAACGAGAUUAUCAUAAAAAACGUGCACAUAAGACAAACUCGGAAUACCACUGGCAACAAUUUCGUGAACUAAGAAAUCAAGUUAACAGUCAAGUCAAGCUCUCUAAAUCCAAGUAUUACCAAGAUUCCGUGAGCGCUAAUAAGGAUAAUCCUUCCGACCUUUGGAAAACAUUGAAUAAUCUAACAUCUCGCAAUAAAUCUGGACAAACCCGACAUGCAUAAUCUCUGAGGAAAAGCCUGUCACUGAUCAAAAGUCCAUAGCAACAAUUUCAAAUGAAUAUUUGACGUCCAUUAAUUUGGACAAAACUAGCAGAUAAAAUCAAGAGUACAUUUCAACCCAAACAACCUCCACCUGCAGCCACUGAUCUUCCCUACAGCUUUGAGUUCGAAGAAGUAGACGAAUCAUUUGUCCUCCGAGAACUUUCAUCAGCCCCUACAAUUGCAUCCAGUUGAACGAAUCAGCCCCUACAAUUGCAUCUAGUUGAACGAAGAUUUUCAAUGCCUCGCUCCUCUUACAAACAUUUCCAGAUAUUUGGAAAAAAGGAGAAAUUAUUCCCCUCUUCAAAGCCAACGACCCAACAGCACCUAACAACUAUACCGAUCCAUGACUAUUUUACCUAUCCUAAGUAAAGUCAUGGAGCGCAUAGUUUUCAAGGAAGUCUACAAGUAUCUACAGGAGCAUAAUCUUAUCACUUCAGAACAGUUUGGUUUUCGCCCGAAUUUAUCUACAAAUGUUGCUUUAACGCGAGUUACUGAGGAAAUUCUACUUAAUAUCGACAACAAAUUAGCUGCCGGCGCUGUUUUCAUUGACUUACGAAAGCCCUUCGACACAGUUGAUCACACCCUACUAAUUGCUAAAUUUAAAAAUACUGGAUUUUCAGCACCUUGUUAUAAACUGGUUCACAUCUUAUUCAUCUUCACGUACAGUCGUUACAUCGAUCAACAACAUCACGUCAACUCCAAAACCGGUAACCGUAGGCGUGCUGCAAGGAAGUAUCCUAAGACCCCUACUGUUCCUAAUAUUCAUUAAUAACUUGCCUCAGCGUUUGAAACACUGCAAAUCUAUUGUGUAUGCUGAUUGCACUUUGCAUUACUACCCUGCGAGGACAGAAAACGAACUACAAGAUAAGAUAAACGAGGACUUAGAUUCACUAUCACAAUGGCUCAACAACAACCUAUUAACACUGAACUACGAGAAAAAUCAUUUAUGAUAUUCGCCAACAAAAAACCAUCAACCAAUGUAGACAUCACCAUCCAAAAUAAGAAAGUGUCGCAGGAAACAUCUUUUAAAUAUCUUGGUGUAACUCUAAGCAGUGAUCUAACUUGGCAUAAUCAUAUUGACAACAUGAUUGCCAAGAGCAACCAAAGACUCGGAGUAUUGCGAAGGGUUGAAGAGUUAAUUACAUGGUUGAAGACGAAUUAAACACAAAAUUAGACGACAAUAACAAUAGUUUUUCUCUGUUGCACUUAAACGCGCGUAGUCUGCUUGGAAAUUUGUACAAAUUUAAAAUUUUAUUAUCAAACAUAAAAAAACUUUUUCAGUUAUUGGAAUAACUGAAACGUGGCUAAAUGAUCAAACAUAUGAUUUAGUUGAUAUUUCUGGUUAUAAAUUCGUUUCCAAUCAUCGUACUACAAAACCCGGUGGUGGAGUAGGGCUUUAUCUACAAAACAGCCUUGAGUACAAAUUAUGUUCAAAAUGCAAUUACACAAAUCCGGAUUUGAUUGAAUCUAUUUUUGUGGAGAUUUGCAUACCAAAUGGCAAAAACAUUAUUGUAGGCACAGUGUAGACCACCCAAUCAAAACGUAGCGGCUUUCUUAGAAAAAUUCAAUGAAAUAAUUUCUAUUAUCUCAAAAGAUAAUAAACCAUGUUAUGUAAUGGGGGACUUCAAUUUGGAUUUGCUUCAUUAUAAUCAUCACGCCUUACAGUACUCAAGAAUUCGUUGACAACCUAUUUUCGCACAUGUUCUUCCCUCUGAUUACCAAACCUACGCGUCUAACUGCACACUCUGCAACAUUACUCGAUAAUAUAUUCACUAAUAAUCCGACAAGAAAAAUACUAAACGGCAUUCUUCUUAACGACAUUUCGGAUGACCUGCCUGUGUUUGCAUAUAUUUACAAUGGUCCCCUACUCUAUAAUCGUUUUAAGAAAACGAUAAAGCGUUAUUUUAGCGAAUCAAACUUAUCUAAAUUUCAAUCUUUUUUAGCACAAACAAACUGGUCAAAUAACCUAUCUAAACAGGAUCCUAAUGAAGCUUAUAACACUUUUUUGGCGGAAUACACUAAAUUUUAUGAAUUAUGUUUUCCUAUUAUAACUAUAAAUGAAACCAGCGCAAAAAAAAUUAACAACCCUUGGAUUACAAAGGGAUUAUUGAAAUCGAUCAGAAAAAAGAAUAGAUUGUAUAAAAUGUUUUUAAAAAAACCUGAUUCUAUACGUGAAUUACACUAUAAGAAAUAUAAAAAUAAGCUCAACCACAUAAAAAAUGCCAAGCGCUUAUACUAUGAAAAAAAAUUUGAAUAUGCAAAAAAUGAUUUAAAAGUAACUUGGAAUCUCUUAAAUGAGGUUAUAAACAAUAAAAAAAGUAAAUCGUCUUUGCCAUUGUCUUUCAAAAUUGAUGAUAAAUUAACCUCGCAUCCAAUGGACAUUGCUAAUGGAUUUUGCAAAUAUUUUACCAACAUCGGACCAAAUUUGGCAAAUAAAAUACCCAUGACCAAUACUUCCUUUUCUUCAUUUUUGACUGACAACACAAAUGAUUCCAUGAAUGUUUUGAAACCCACUAGUACAGCUGAACUAGAAGAAAUUUGCCAGAAUUUUAAAUCUCAGAAGGCGCCAGGUUAUGACAAUUUGUCAAUGCAUGUGAUAAAGUGUUCUUUUAGUUUAAUAUCGGAACCAUUGAAGGAUAUCAUUAACCUUUCAUUUGCCAAAGGGGUGUUUCCGGACAAAUUGAAAAUAGCUAAAAUUACCCACAUAUAUAAAGCGGAAGAUCCUGAAAAAUUUACCAAUUAUAGGCCAAUAUCACUUCUUUCAAAUUUUGCGAAAUUUUUUGAGAAAGUAUCGCAAAAUCGUUUGAUAGAAUUUCUGGAGCAGUAUGAGAUCCUCUAUCGUCAUCAAUUUGGUUUUCGAAAAAAUCAUUCUACCUCACACGCAUUAAUUCACCUGGUUAAUAAAAUAGCAUUUCGAUUGACAGAAACGAAAUUACAGCCGGGAUAUUUUUAGACUUAUCAAAGGCACUGGAACAUGGAAUACUUGGCACAGUCUUACAAUGGAUCAAAAGUUAUUUUUCCAAACGCCCACAGUUUGUGCAAUUUAAUGAAACCCAAUCUUCAAUGCUAACUAUUAAAUGUGGUGUACCUCAAGGUUCUAUUUUAGGCCCUUUAUUUUUUAUUUUUUACAUUAACGACCUUGCUAACGCUUCAAAAGUAACCGAAUCACUCCUCUUUGCUGAUGAUACUAGUACUUUUUAUUCUCAUGCAGAUAUUGAUCACCUUGAAUGAAGAGUUAAAUAAUAUUGACAUCUGGAUGAAAUGUAAUAAGCUCUCAAUUAACACAAAGAAAACAAAUUAUAUUAUUUUCAAACACAAACAGAAAAACGUACACAGAAAUACACAUCUUUAUUUUGAUGAUCAGCUACUUGAGCGCGCAGAUGAAACAAAAUUUCUGGGUGUUUAUAUUGACGAUAAUCUAAAUUGGAAAUCCCACAUUGGUCAUGUAUGUAACAAAAUAGCAAAAUCAGUUGGAAUAAUUUUCAAAUCUCGCUUCUUAUUAUCUGCUAAAACUAAGUUAAUGUUAUAUUAUUCUCUAAUUUACCCUUAUCUUAGUUACUGUAACGUAGCAUGGUCAUCUACUUAUAUUACAAACUUAAAUAGGAUAUUUCUUUUGCAAAAACGUGUCGUGCGAGCGAUGACAAAUUCAGACUUUUUAGCUCAUACAGCUCCCUUAUUUGCUCGCCUUCGAAUACUUGAUAUUUUUAAAGCAAACUCAUUUUACAUAGCCAAAUUCAUGUUUUCUUAUCAUCAUGCAUUAUUGCCUCUGUCUUUUCGAAACUUAUUCGUAACAAACAGCCAGGUGCAUAAUUAUAAUACUAGAUCUACUGCUAAUUAUAGAACCCAUUUUUGUCGAACCAACAUUAAACAAUUGUCAAUAUUGUACCAAGGUCCAAAAAUUUGGAAUUCCCUCCCUGUUAAUGUAAAGAUUUCUAACAGUUUGUCAUGUUUCAAGAAAAGAAUUAAUGAUCUGCUGUUAAAUUAAGUUUGUCUGAACUGGUCAUCUUUCGCAUCUGCGUUUAUCAAAUGUAAAUUGUUGUACUUAUAAUUGUUCUUAUGAUUAUCUUGUCUUAUUAAAACUACCAACAACUAUAUAUUCAUAAUUAAUAACACGAGGGGACCUCUUCUUAUAAGCCUUAUGGUUUCCUGAGGUCGCCACCACCGGAAGUUGCACGCAAUAUAGUGAUUCCUCUUGUAUAUAGAUUCAUAAGCGUAUGUAAAUAGUUACUGUGACUGUCUUUUAUGUACUGUGUUCUUGUGGCAAAAACUUUUAAUAAAAAAAAGGGUAAAGGGAUUUCUAGAUCCGGACACGCGUUGUGUACUGUACACGUCAUUAGUGUACUACCACUAUUCGACUAUGGAGACACAAUUUUGGGGGUGACAAGAACAAUUCUGUGUUAAUGAAUUCACUGCAAGUGCUUCAAAACAAGGCAGCGAAGAUCAUUCUAAACGAACACCCACGAUAUUCUUCAACCGAAACUUUACGAGAACUUAAAUGGACAAAAUAAAACAAAAGUUAUUCCGAAUAAGGAGUGCAUAAUAUUAACACACAAUUUAUUAAAACUGUAUAUUUCGAAUCUAAAUCAGAUUCAUCUUCAGCAGUGUUUUGCAAGAUAUGUCGUUAUAUUUACAAGCGUGAGCAAUUUUAAACAAGCUAGCGUGCGCAAAAGUGCGUAAGCAAUCAAUAGCGUUUAUUCGUGAUGAAGCAGUUCACGUAGUUCUUUCAUUCAGCGCACGUUAAUUAAUUAAAUAACUGUAGUUCUCUACUAGCUUUUAGUCCAUUAUUAAGACUUGAUUUACGUCUUUUAAUGUGUAGCGCUUCUUUAUAUAGUAAUAAAUUCCAGUUUCUGGAAGAAUCAAUGAUCUUAGUGUUUGAGAGUACAAGUUCUGUCAGUUGUGUGUUAGAUUGUGAUGUUAAGAAUGUUUUGUCGUAGCAGCAGUGUAAGUGUUUGUACACAGCACUUUUCUUGUCUUUGUACGCAUGUUCCUUUACCCGUUCUGGAAGCGUUCGGUCAGUCUUGCCUAUAUAGCUGUUGUUGCAUUUAGGGCAAGUAAAUUGGUAUACAACGUUGGCGAGUGAUGGCGAACAUUAUCCUAACCGAAUUUGAGCGCAUUGUAAUUAAUCCUCUAAUUAAUAGCGGCAUAAUUAAAUUCUAUUGCCGAUAUGUAGAUGACACACUACUACUAAUCAAACAUGACGACAUUGAUUUCCUUCUGAACGAAUUCCACUCUUUUGACCGUAAUAUACGUUUCACCUAUGACGUAUUUUCAGACGAACCACCACACUUUCUAGAUCUUAACCUAGAUGGCAACAAGUGUUCCAUAUACCGAAAACAUACUUUUACAGGUCAAUACACUCACUUUGACAGUUUCGUACCAUGGAAACAUCGCAUUGCAUGGAUUCGCUCUCUUCUUGGUCGCAUUAACAAAAUCUGUUCACCCACGAAACUAGCCCAAGAAUUGCAAUUUCUUAAGAAAAUUGCGUCAUGGAAUGGGUAUCCUAAACGUGUUGUCUUUUCACUCAUAAAACGCUUUAACCAAAACACAACAAACGACCAAGAUAAUAACACGACAGAAUCGAACGAAACUAGACCGACGCUUUGGCUAGAAAUGCCAUACAUUGGGACGAAAGGCGAACAACUUUUACGUGCACUCAAGAGGAAACUAUUACGUUGUCUCAACAUUACGAACGUGCAGAUUAGGACGAGAGUAACAACAACUAAACUAAACUGUUUACGAACGCAAAAGACAAAGUACCUAAACAAAACAAAUCCAACGAUGUAUACCAAUUUACUUGCCCUAAAUGCAACAACAGCUAUAUAGGCAAGACUGACCGAACGCUUCUAGAACGGGUAAAGGAACAUGCGUACAAAGACAAGGAAAGUGCUGUGUACAAACACUUAGACUGCUGCUACGACAAAACAUUCUUAACAUCACAAUCUAACGCACAACUGACAGAACUUGUACUCUCAAACACUAAGAUCAUUGAUUCUUCCAGAAACUGGAAUUUAUUACUAUAUAAAGAAGCGCUACACAUUAAAAGACGUAAAUCAAGUCUUAAUAAUGGACUAAAAGCUAGUAGAGAACUACAGUUAUUUAAUUAAUUAACGUGCGCUGAAUGAAAGAACUACGUGAACUGCUUCAUCACGAAUAAACGCUAUUGAUUGCUUACGCACUUUUGCGCACGCUAGCUUGUUUAAAAUUGCUCACGCUUGUAAAUAUAACGACAUAUCUUGCAAAACACUGCUGAAGAUGAAUCUGAUUUAGAUUCGAAAUAUACAGUUUUAAUAAAUUGUGUGUUAAUAUUAUGCACUCCUUAUUCGGAAUAACUUUUGUUUUAUUUUUGCUGAAAUUAUCAGCCGGAAAAGGAUUAAAUGGACAACACAACCACAGAUGCACGUUUAUCUACAAAUAUAUGAAUGACUUAAUUGAUUUUGAAUUAACAAAAAACGAAGACAUUCAUGAACACUAUACAAGACACCGCAGUGAUCUCCAUCUACCACGAGCAAAGACGAACAAGGGAAAACAGUGACCAACGUAUCAAGCGUCUAUAUACUUUAACAAUCUAGAACGUGAACUAAAAAACGCUACUUCAUUACAUAACUUUAAAAAACUAUUAAAAAGACGGUGUGCAUACGAGGUAUAAACCUCUCAUUCUCUUCCGUCCUCUCAUUCUCUUCCGUCUCUUCACUUAUCUGUUUCUCUCAAUCUUUAUCUGUUUUGCACUUCAAACGUAUCCACGGCGAAGUGUAACGUACUUAUUUGUUUCGUGAGCAUUCUGAUACAAUUAGGUGCCCUUGAAACAAAGAAGUGCGUUGUGUUUUGUUUUGUUUUGAUUGGAGUGGAAAUCAGACUUUAUUAAUACUCAGAAAUUAUUAUAUUGUAUAUGUGUGUAGCUGUAAAUAGUGCAUAAAUAAAUAUUGAAUUAAUAUACUGUAAUUUAAAGUUGCAGGACCCCACUGAAAAAACACUUCGGUGAUGUGGGUAUCCUGGAUAAAUAUGAAGAUAAGGUAGAGUUAUAAACCGAGAAGGAGGUUUAUAACUGGUAUAUUGCCCCCGAGGACGCGUAUAGCGUCCGAGGGCAAUAUAUCAGUUAUAAACCGACUUUCGAGGUUUAUAACUAACUUAUAUCUCAUUUGUGGAGGUUUUCUAACAUAUUUUGUCAUUUUCAAAAAUUUUUGAUGAAAAAUUCUCGCGUUUUGUCGAAAAGUUUGAUGUAAUUAUUUAUUCAAGGUAUAUUAGCUAGUUAUAAACCUCGGACGAUCAAAGAAAACCGACACAAAUGAGAUAUAAUAAUAAUUAUACACGGGUGGGGUUAUAUUCAGGUGGGCUUAUAGGCGGGUAGAUUUAUAUUCGGAAGUUUACAGUAUCAUUUUUUUCUUUUUGAAACAGAAAUAACGGAUUUCGAUGAGGAAGUUUGUGAACGGCACGUACCGUGGUUGGCGCGACAUCUCAGCAAGGAUGUCGAAAAAGUUGCAAUGCUGUUAGACGUCGACUCGGUUGAAAUCGAAGCUAUUAAACAAGGCGAACCCCAGCCAGAAAGCCGAAACAUUAAAAUCCUUAACUCGUGGAGAAAUGCAGAAAUGACGCUUGGAAAGAAACCAACUUGGGAAAAAGUUCGUUUAUGCUUGGAAGAUGAAACCGUUGGACGGUGUGAUGUCAUUCGUGCUCUUUUGAAUGAAGACGAGUUGGAUGACUCUGUUUUGUUGUGGCUUGCACCCCGCAUUGCAGCGUGGUUUCGAAACUACGCUCGCGUUCUUGGCGUGCCAGAAUGUGAAAUAGAUAUGUCAAGUCAGAAUUUUGAAGGUGUUGAGAGGAGCUGUAUGGAUGUUUUGCAAAGAUGGCGACGAAGGACAAGGUAUCCAAAAGUUGAGGACUUGAUACAAGCUUUAGAAGAUGAUGUUAUAAACAGACCUGCUCUUGCCGAAGAAAUGAGAGAGAAGUUUUGUAAUCACGAAGUCAAAGUAAGUGAUAAAGAUGAGAAUGUCCUGUGAUGUAUUGAUUUGAAUGAAAUACCCUGUGUAAGUGUCAACACUACUAUAAGCUCUGUUUAGACUGCCUGGGUAACUCUAGUUCUACCUGUUCUAGUUAAACAUAUAUAGAGGUCCAGUAAGAAUUACCCCUUACUGAUCCAGUAUUACUAUAGGAGAAAACGAGAAUACCUGGCGAAAAUCGGCUGUAUUUGGUUGAGUCCGCUUUGUAUAUAACUACUCAUAAUUAGGCUUAAUUAAACGAUGAAGAAAUAUUUUUUAUUUAAGGAUGAGGUCCUGAGCCAGUUGGACAACCUGUCAAUAUGAGGAAGCCAAAGUUGAAGAUUUGAUACAAGCUUUUAGAACAUGAUGUUACAAUAAAACCCGCAUAUAAGAACCUAGAUUUUCCAAGUUAGCUUAAACAGGUUCUCGUGUAAAUGGUGCUUACCAGGAAAUUAGGCUAUACAUGUUCUUAAAUAGGUUCUUAAUUUCUUGACAGAAAAGCGACUCGUUUUAGGAAGGUAUGGUAUAUGAAUAUAUGCUGAUUUAUAUAAAUUAUGCACAGAUUAUGUAAAAAAUGACAGUAUGUGCACUAUAUGUACCAACUCUAUUUGCACUUUAAAGCUACACUGAUUGUAACUUAUGACUUAAUUUUGACUCUAUUUGAUAAUAUAAGAAUCUGUUUCGAAAUUCUAGCCUGAGCAGGUUCGGAUUUAAAGGAGGUCUAAAUAAAAUAGUUUAGCCUAACAGGUUCUUAAAUUCUAGGUUGUUAUAUAUGCGGGGUUUUACUGUAUAUACAGAGACGCGAACUGGCCGAAGAAAUAAAAGAGAGGUUUUUUGACAAAUGUGUUGAGUCAUCAAUUAUCUAAAAAGUCUUUGUAAAUUAUGCACAGAUUAUGUAAAAAAUGUCAGUAUAUGCACUAUACCAACCCUAUAUGCACUUUAAAGCUACACUGAUUGUAACUUAUGACUUAAUUUUGACUCCGAU